ACCAAGUUUGAAACUUGGAGUGAGUUUCACACCCCUCCCCGGACCCCUACUACUCACCCGACAGCUGACCGAUCACCGUACAAUUGGCGAGUCACUGUUGGGAAUCUUUCCGGCUUUUCCUCACCAACUGCUCUCUCAAAGGAAGGUCAUAUAAGAUAUGGGAAACAGGCGGCUCGCGCAGAUUGAUACUAGUGAUGAUGAAGAAGAUGAGGUGUUGCUAUCUCGGGUGUACCGUCAUUCUAGCAACGCCGAAGAGAGACGAAGGCGCAAGAAAAUGAAGCUGGACGAAGAAGACGAAGAAGAAGACAAGCAAAACCAGAACAAGAGGAAGGCGGUACAGGAUUUAGGAAACGACAUAGGAAAGGAAAAGAAGAGCAGGAAUAACGAGGUAAAGAAAUCAGCGGAUGAAUCGGAGCCGGAGGAGGACGUCGAUGAGGAAGUUCAGGAAGAGGCUAAGCCCAUUGGAGAUGUCAUUAGGGUUAGUGGAAAGGCUCGAGGCCGCAGGAACCACUACAAAUCGUUCGAAUACGACGGACUCAGCUAUCAACUGGAGGAUCCAGUGCUGCUAGUUCCAGAGGAGCAAAAUCAAAAACCUUAUGUUGCUAUUAUCAAGGAUAUUUCUCAGACCAGUAAAGGAAACAUGAUGGUCAAUGGGCAGUGGUUUUAUCGGCCUGAGGAAGCUGAGAAAAAGACAGGUGGAAACUGGCAAUCACGUGAUACAAGGGAGUUGUUCUAUAGUUUUCACCGUGAUGAGGUGCCUGCUGAGUCUGUGAUGCACAAGUGUGUGGUACACUUCAUUCCUUUAAACAAACAGAUCCCAAAGCGCAAACAACAUCCCGGAUUUAUUGUACAAAAAGUGUAUGACACAGAACAGAGGAAGCUUUUCAAGUUAACAGACAAGGACUAUGAAGAUAGUAAGCAACAUGAGAUUGAUCUCCUUGUUCAGAAAACUAUGUCACGGAUUGGCGAUCUUCCGGACAUAGAACCUGAAGACCACCACCCUUCUUUCACAGCCAAUGAAGAUCAGUUGUUGAAGAGUAAACGUCUUUUAAGGAAAAAGAGUAUUCAUCUUCUGGAUGUAUCGAGAGAUGAUGAAGUGCCUAGCAGAUGUGGCCAAUCUCUUAAAGCAGAAACACCUGGAAGCUCUGCGUGCAAUGCAUCAGAGUACUUCACAAUCCUCAAAAGCUUCAAUGUCUUGACUGAUGCUGAUCACCGUAACAGGUGGUUGGAGAAGCUCCUUCAAGCGAUUCAGUUUAUGUGCAAUCCCUUGAAUGGUGAUGAUGGUAAUGAAAGAGGUAUUUCUGGUCAUAAUGAUCCUCCUACUAAAACUAGUUCAUCAAAAGGUGUGGAUGAGGACAACAAUUCAAAUGGUGAGAAUAAUUUUCAUUGGCCGGACAGCGCUGUUCCUGCUAUAGUUUCUCUUGAGCGAGCUGUACAUGAUGCACUUUCCUCAGAUUUUCAAAAGUACAACCAAAAGAUGCGGCAAUUAGUCUUUAAUAUUAAGAAUAAUGCACACUUAGCCCGACGUCUCUUAAUUGGGGAGCUAGAUGCAUCACAAGUAUCAAGCAUGACACCAAACGAGUUGAAGGAGGGAUUAACUUCAGAUGAGCUUGCAAGUAGGCAGCCUGAGGAGCAAGAGCCCAUUCAGAUGACUAAUGCUCGUUGCAGGCGGUGCAGUGAAAAGCAAGUUCGGCUGAUAGAUAUCAUCCAGGCGGGACACGGCGAUCGUUAUCAGCUGGAGUGUGGAGCUUGUGGGAACACCUGGUACGCAUCAAGGGAUCAAGUUGCAACCCUGACGAUUGGAGGAGGACCAUCCAUUGGC